AUUGCAUUCCUUAUAUAUAAACGACUUAUUACAAUUAUGCGCCGAUUUUUUGAGCCUGCUGAUUGGUCGAAGUUGUCCUUGUCAAGGUCAUUUAUCCGUUCGCAAGGUAGUUUCGGUUUGGGCUGCUAUUCUUCAGAGUUGCCCGCUUUGAUUGAGAUUAUAUACUCUUUCAAGACUUCUAGGAGGAGUCUUUUGUGAAUAACUCCUUUAUCCUAUGGGUCGACGUCGAAGUACUAAUAAACCACCACCGAAACGAAAACCUAUUGUACCACUGGAUAAAGUAUUCAACUGUCCCUUCUGUAAUCAUGGUCGGUCAUGUGAAGUUGUUUUAAAUCGUGAUAACAGUGUUGGAUACAUUAAGUGUACUAUAUGCCUAGAAGACUUUCAAACAAAAAUCAAUUAUCUAAGUCAAGAAAUCGAUGUCUACAAUGAUUGGAUUGAUGCCUGUGAAGAAGCAAAUGCCUAGCGCAUAUUGAUUUUCUCUUAUGUUUUAAAAAAAAAAUCAAUAAUGUGAAUAAAUUAUGUGUGCAUUGUACACAUAUCAAAAUUUACCAUGACAGUGUUAAUUGUACAAAAAGAUAAAUCUGCGAUCAUGCAAUCAUGGUGACCGGUGUAAUAUAUAAUAUAUUGUAUAUGUAAUACCUAUUUAUUGAAAAUGAUUUCUCGCUGUAACUAACUGUCGAAAAGUAAUGUAUAUAUUUUUGUUUAAUUUAUGGAUAUAAAAAAGUGUAUAUUGUUUAUUCUU